UUUCUGCAUCCAGGCCACGGGGGGUGGUGGAGAGACGCUGGGUGUCUGCGUUGGACUGGACUGCCAGUGACCUGGAUAGCGUGCUCACCUGUGGGACUCAUCAGAGAAUGUAGGUGUGUUCUCUUGCACCUGACCCUGGCGCAGCAGGAGAAGCGAUGGGAGAAGCUCAGAAGGGUCUGUUCUCCGUCAUCGAGAAGCUCAAGGGCACCACGGAACAGGAGCUCAGGAUUGUCCUUCUGGGCCUGGACAAUGCCGGCAAAACCACCCUACUCAAGAGCCUGGCCUCCGAGGACGUCCACACCAUCACCCCGACGCAGGGCUUCAACAUUAAAAGCGUGGCCUCCAACGGCAUGAAGUUAAACGUGUGGGACAUCGGGGGUCAGCGAAAGAUCCGCUCCUUCUGGAAGAAAUACUUAGAAAACACAGAUUUGCUGAUUUACGUCAUAGACAGCGCAGACAAGAAGCGGUUCGAGGAGACGGGACAGGAGCUCUCCGAGCUCAUCGACGAGGAGGACCUGAAGGGCGUGCCGCUGCUCGUCUUCGCCAACAAGCAGGACCUGGCUACGGCAUCACCCGCCAGCGAGAUCGCCGAGGGGCUCAAUCUGCACACGUACCGCGACCGCCAGUGGCAGAUCCAGGCCUGCUCUGCACUGUCGGGGGAGGGAGUGCAGGACGGCAUGAACUGGAUCUGCAACAACAUCGUAAAUAAGAAAAAAUAAAGCUGCUCUGCUUCAUCUUCGAAGGCACCGCCGCGGAAGAAAAUGAGAGGCCCGGCGUCGCGUUCUCAAGCCUUCUGGCUGUUUUAUUGUUCAUUUAAUCGAGUUAAUCAUUAUGAAAAAUUGCUGUUGGAUACACUGGCCCCCUCCGUUGGGCUUCAGACUAAUGACACGCACUGUGCGGCAUAAUUUGAAGCACACAGUGCGUGUGUGCGUAUGUGUUUUUUUUUUUUCUUUUUAAUCAAUUUUAUUUUCCAGGAGAUGUCAAAGGAAAAGCAUGCAAGAAAAACAAAUGACUUCACAGACAAAGUGUUUUUUUUUUUUUUUUUUGGUCUUUUUUGUCACUGGUCCAUGAGGUAGAUGCGCACGCUCGAAGGGCUGUUGGAUGAAAAUCUGGUUGUGGACCAGAGCGAACGAGACGGAUUAGACAGAAAAUGGAAUGUGUGGAAGUGUGCAGUCGCCAUGGCAACAGCGGAACGUUGGACGGGUUUUCCGUCAGCAUGUAGAGCACAGGCAAGCACAACGCAGGACGCGUCUGCAAAUGGGGGUUUGUCGGGACGCUGUAAAUUAGUGUGUUCUUCGUUAUGUAACCGCAUGCGGUCUGUUUCACUGUCUCUUUUGAGAACUUCAGAUUAAAGUAGCACUUCUUCACCUGCCUCCGUCUGUUGGCUGAACCUCUGCAGAAGACCUGGAAAUGGACGUUUCCCUCUACGCCACACGCUUAUGUUACUGCUUCUACUUGUUA